AUGGCAGAAAGCAGCGCCGCGUCGGCGGUCGUCACGGCCCCCGCGGGGCGCACCGACGCGUCUUCGUCGUUCCACGCAUGGCUUCUGCAGAAACUGCGUCUCGAGUGGAGCUCGAGCGAUCUCGGCGGUCUCCUGACGACUCCAAAGCUGGCGGAAGCGCGCGCGAGUUUCCCGUACUUGGAGACGCCGAUUAAGGUCCGUUUGUUGCUGUCGUUGCUGAGUGUCCGUCGGGACGGAGUGGACGCUGCUGAUCGUACGAAGCAGAAAGAGAAGCACGCGCUACUGCUUGUGGCCGAACAGGAUGCCGAAGAGUGGGUCAAGGUCAGCGCCGGCAUUGUGAAGCAGUUCCUGGUACUCCAAGCCACUGGUCGCCCGUCCGACUCGUAUCUACAUGCGCAACUAGAGACGACGGCAUCGAAAGUCAUGACGGCGGUGGCUGUUUCCCCUCCGACACGUCGCAAUAGUAGCGCAACGCACGUUGCCCUGGAGGACUAUUUCUCGCUUGAGAAUGGGCUGCUCAAUCCGUCAUUGCGUCCUCCACUGGCGCCGACAGUCGCCACGCACUUCACAGUGAGUGGAGAAGACGACGAUGCGAACAGCAAGGAUGACGAAGUGAGUGCGUCGCCCGUGAAGAAACCGCUGCAUCGGCCGCAGAUGGUGCGGAUGCUCGGAUCGUCCGGCGUGGUGUCGACUUCGACCGCUGCAACGACGUCGUCGUUGGCAAGGACGCAGGGUGCAGCAAAAACACCGGGGGGCAAGAGAAAGGAUUUGACUGAGCUCUCGUCAGAGAUCCGGCGGAAGGCUGAUGCGGGGCGGUUUAAGCGACAGAGAAACCGUAUUUCGAUGAUUGACAUCAAUGAGGUAAAGCAAAUUGAAUCCGAAAAGGCUCAGAAGGCGGAAGAAAGAAAGAAGCAGAAAUUGGCGGCGAAGGAAAAAGAACGAGAGAAAGCAAAGGAGAAGGAGAAGGAAAAGAAUGAAGCGGUGAUUGCAGGGGCAACGGUCGAAACAAGCGAGAAGGGCGGAGCUGCAGAUGCCGUAGCCGUGCCGGCCUAUGUCAACAAUGAGCACGCUGCCAUCGCUGCUGAUAUCUUUGCGAUGCACCACCAGCAACACGGCCUGGACGAUUCGGUACAGCAGUACUCUCAACCGCAGCUGCAGACAGAGAGCACCAUGGCACACGCAGAAGCUCCGUCAGUCACAGCUGGCGGAGACGACUACGUCCCUGAUGGAACGCAGGCAUUGCUGAACGCAGCUUUCCAUUCCACACAGGAUAUUAUGAAGGAGGUCGUGAGCCAGCAAAGUCACCAGAUGCAGGAACAACAUCAGAUACAGCACCAACAAUUGCAGGCGCCUGCAUACCAGGACCUGUACCGGACUCAGCAACAAAUGCAGAUGCACCACUUGGCUCCUCCCCGGCAGCAGUAUCAUCAAGGGUUUGAGCCGGAGGAUGCUUCAAUCGCCAAUACAAGUACUGGUGUAAUGCCGAUAGGCUUUGGAGGUUACAACUACGGCACAACUGCGGGAUACUACUACGAUCAAUUUGGCAACUACGGCACUCCACAGGACACAAACGCGUUCGGUUCAGCAGGGUAUCCUAAUCCUGCUAUGGGUCAGCCCGACAAUGGUAUGAAUGGCAUUGGGCUGCCUCCUCUCGGUGGCCGGCAGCUAGGUUUUGACACCACACAGCAGCAACCGCAACAACAACAUCAACACCAGCAGCAAAAUAAUGGAGGGUAUAUGGGCGGGUCCGGUGAGUACUGGAGAUAG